UUUGGAGGGAAAGGUAUAUCCGAGACGAGCAUUAUCUCUUCUCCCCAAAUGCUAGUUUCAAAAUGAUAAUUCGUCUACAAAUUCUUCCUCAAACCCUAAUUCCAAAUUUCCCAGAACUACGUUCUUCACCAAAAAUUCUCAAAACACCUAAUAACCCUAGAAAUAAUAAUCAUAAAUCUCAACUCCUUGAAGGAUUUACUCCUCUCAAAUCAAGAACCACAUCACCUCCAUUACCAACAAUCAUCGGUUCCGAUUCAGGUCUUUUAUUCCGUGAAAAACUUAUCUAUCUCGAGAAACUCAAUAUAGAUUCACGAAAAGCAUUAGAACAAAACCCUAAUUUUCGUUCAGUUUCGUUGGAUUCAAUCAAAUCAGUGGAGAAAUGUUUGUAUUCAAUGGGGAUUGAACGUUCUGAUAUGGGUAGAAUCUUCAGUAUGCAUCCUCAACUUCUUACUUGUGAUAUACAUACUGAUUUGUACCCAGUUUUUGAAUUUUUGCUUAAUGAUGUUAAAAUUUCUUUCAGUGAGAUUCGUAAAUCUGUUAUUCGAUGCCCUAGAUUGUUAAUUUGUAGUGUUCGUGAUCAAUUAAGGCCGACUUUGUAUUUUCUAAGAAGAUUAGGAUUUGUAGGACAAAAUGCAAUUUCAUGUCAGACUACACUUUUGUUAGUUUCGAGUGUUGAAGAUACACUUAUACCCAAGCUUGAUUACCUUCAGAGUGUGGGGUUUACAUAUAGAGAGACUAUUAAAAUGGUGUUAAGAUCACCUGGUCUGUUAACCUUUAGUGUUGCUAACAAUUUUAAGCCGAAAGUAGAGUAUUUCUUGAACGAGAUGGAAGGGGAUUUGGGGGAGUUGAAGAAAUUUCCGCAGUACUUUUCCUUUAGUUUAGAGGGAAAGAUAAAGCCACGACAUAGGCUUUUGGUUGAGCAUGGGUUGUCACUUUCUUUACCAGAGAUGUUGAAGGUUAGUGAUGGGGAAUUCAGUGAUCGUUUGAUGGAGAUGAGAUUGAGGACUAUUAACGGGAAAUUGUCUUUUUACUGGGAACCAACCAAUCUCUCUAACGGAUUCCAUGACUCUAUGAACAAAGGGAAUUCAGCGAUGGCAGGGUUAUUGAAAGACAGGUUCCAUUUGAAAGAACUUGUUCACCAGACUUAGUAGUUUGAAAGCGCACUGUAGAUGCUCUGUGGUUAACGACCAAAAGAAGGGCUUGUCUCUCUGUUAGUUUUAUUUUACUCUGUAUGAGAUGGUAAGUUUUGACAAAGUUUUUCUU